CCCUUUUGACCAUUCUCUCCCAUUGUUUCCUUGUCUCCAAUCCAUACCAGGUUCUCUUCUUCCAAUCCACGGCGACCUCCCUUUCCCGCCAUUUGUUUCUCUGUUUCUCUCUUCUUCUUCUUGUGAUCCUCUUCUUCUUCUUCUUCUUCUUCUUCUUCUUCUCCUUGUGAUUGUCUUCUUGUUCUAUAAAGAGUUUGAAUUGGGGGUGAUUAGGAGGAGGUUUAAUCGAGAAAGGAGUUACCUGGAAUCUUGAUUUUGAAAUUUAGGGUUUUGAUUUGGUUGUGAUGGGCGAUGUGGAGGUCAAGGGACGAAAUGGGGGUGGAGGUGGGGGUCGAAGGUGGGUUUGGGCUGUGGGGGCGCUGAUUGCGGUGCUUCUGGCCACGGCGGUGACUUCUAGGACAUCACCCAAGAUCCCGCUUUUUGGGUUUAAUGGAAAGCCCUGCGAUUGCUCGGGUUCGAGUAAGUACACGGGGAUCGUGGAGGAUUGUUGUUGUGAUUAUGAGACUGUUGAUUCUAUCAAUGAGGAAGUGUUGCACCCCAUACUACAAGAGCUUGUGACGACACCAUUCUUUCGGUAUUUCAAGGUUAAAUUGUGGUGUGACUGCCCAUUCUGGCCUGAUGAUGGGAUGUGUCGUCUUCGAGAUUGUAGUGUUUGUGAGUGCCCAGAGAAUGAGUUUCCUGAGCCAUUUAAGAAGCCUUUUCAUGGGCUUCCAAGUGAUGAUCUGAUUUGCCAGGAGGGAAAACCACAGGCUGCUGUAGACAGGACAUUAGAUAGCAAAGCUUUUCGGGGGUGGGUUGAGAUUGACAAUCCUUGGACUUAUGAUGAUGAAACUGAUAAUGCCGAGAUGACAUAUGUAAACCUCCAGCUAAACCCUGAACGUUACACUGGCUAUGUCGGUCCAUCAGCUAGGCGAAUAUGGGAUGCUAUUUACACGGAAAAUUGCCCGAAAUAUCCAACAGGAGAUUUUUGCCCAGAGAAAAGAGUGCUAUACAAGUUGAUUUCAGGGUUGCAUUCCUCAAUUUCAGUGCACAUAGCUUCUGAUUACCUUCUUGAUGAGGCUACCAACUUGUGGGGGCAAAAUCUUGAGUUAUUGUAUGAACGCGUGUUAAGACACCCUGAUCAUGUGAAAAAUCUAUACUUCACUUUUCUCUUUGUUCUUCGAGCAGUGACGAAGGCUGCAGAUUAUCUAGAACAAGCUGAAUAUGACACUGGCAAUUCAGAAGAAGACCUUAAAACACAUUCAUUGGUGAGGCAGCUACUCUACAACCCCAAGUUACGAGCUGCAUGCCCACUGCCAUUUGAUGAAGCAAAGCUUUGGCAAGGCGAAAGUGGCCCUGAACUGAAGCAGGAAAUUCAGAAGCAAUUCAGAAACAUAAGCGCAUUGAUGGAUUGUGUUGGAUGUGAAAAAUGCCGUCUUUGGGGGAAACUACAAGUUCUGGGUCUUGGCACUGCAUUGAAGAUUCUUUUCUCUGUUGAUGGCCAAAAUCAAUUGAAUCAACCUUUGCAGCUGCAGCGAAAUGAAGUGAUUGCGCUAGGAAACCUUUUAAAUAGACUGUCCGAAUCCAUUCAAUUUGUCAGAGAAACAGGUCCAGCUGCUGAAAAAAUAAUGGAACGACAGGUUUCUUCACCAUCAAGCAGAAGUAUUUUGUAGCAAAGGGAUAUAUAUAUAACUGUCUUUUUUUUUUUUUAAGUUUGUUUGAAUUACCAGUUUUUGAUACCAUAGAAAGAAAGCAUUGAUAUGGAAAAGGCAACUGCAAGGAGAAGAAUGUAAACCAGGAAAGAAUGGAGUAGGGUUUUGAGGUUUUCCAGUUCCCCAUCAAUGGAGGCAUAUGAGAUUAAUUACCAUUCAGGCCAAUUAAUGUUUCUAAAUCUCUAAUGGUGUUCCCAUCCUCUAUUUCUUUUCCAUUUUGUAGACUGGACUGGUUCCUUGACCUAGUGAAUUGCUAUAGUCUGUUGCUGAUAAAUAAUAUACCAGCUUUAUUUACAA